UAUGAAUUAGUCCUGCUUCGAAGUCUCACAAGUCGUCAUAAGCACACAAUUCACUAAAAAGCACAAGAACCCAGCACUCUAGCACUUGGAUUAGGAUUACAAUUUUUGGUAGAAUGGCUUACCUACUGACCUUCGGCAUUGUGGCCGCCUUAUUUCUGGCCAGCAUCUCAUUGUAUCGUUAUGGAAACAUUCCACGUCAGCAUAUCCUUGUCACCUUGUCAGUGUUGACUGCUUGGUGUUUUUCCUUCCUGAUUGUAUUCACCAUUCCGCUGGACGUGACAUCAACUCUUUACCGCCAGUGCGUAGCGGAGCACCGACCGCCAACACCAGCUCCUAAUGCUACCAAUACAUCGGCCGUGACACCGUCUCAGUGCCAGGAGCCGUGGGGCAUGGUACCUGCUACUGUGUUUCCCAACUUAUGGCGCAUUAUCUACUGGAGUUCGCAGUUUCUUACCUGGUUGAUCAUGCCUUUGAUGCAGUCAUACCUCAAGGCGGGUGAUUUCACCGUAAAGGGAAAACUAAAGUCUGCCCUAAUCGAGAAUGCUAUCUACUACGGCUCCUAUCUAUUCAUCUGCGGCAUACUUCUUAUCUACAUAGCCGUGAAAGGAGAGUCUCUGGAUUGGCAAAAGCUUAAGGCUAUUGCCUCGUCGGCUUCCAACACUUGGGGUCUGUUUCUCCUCAUCCUGCUGCUGGGCUAUGCUCUGGUGGAGGUGCCUCGAUCGCUGUGGAACAAUGCCAAGCCGGGAUUUGCAUUGCAAUACGCCUACUUCAAGGCGGCCAAACUAAGUACUGAGAAGGCGGAAGCCGAGGAGCAUGUGGAUGAUAUUCUAGAGUCGCUGCAAGGCCUAAGCCGAGUCAUACCUAACAAUCACGAGCUACGCCCUUGCCUAGAGACCAUUCUGCGCAAAGUUCCAAUUGAAUUGCAGGAGCGAGCGAGCCGCAACUUUGCUCGUACUGGGGGCAGUGGCAUGGGAGCCACUAGUUCCACUAUCUUGCCUUCGGAGAAGGCGCUAGUUCGCAUUCAUAAGCAAGUAAUCAAAUCCCUGCAAACAUUGCAGCGCACCGAAGCUCUGUGGAGCGUGCAAGUCCAGACGGUUUUACAUUUGGAGGAUGUGGCUAAAAACAUUCAUUCUUCGGAAAGACGCUUUAAGUCGGAGUUUCCACGCCAGCGCUCGCAGUUGGAGAGGAUAUGCUACAGCGCCACACUACAGUGGUAUUGGGAGUGCCUGUUAAAGGCCCCUUUUCUGAAAACUAUGUGCGUCGUUACUGCCACCAUGUCAGCUAUGGUGGUGUGGAGCGAGCUAACCUUUUUCAGCCGCCACCCUGUGCUUUCCAUUUUCGCCAAAGUGAUUUACGUGGCCAAGGAAAGCUACGACUUCUUUACUAUUGAAGUCUUCUCUAUGGUUGUUUUAUGCUACUUCUUCUACUGUACUUAUUCCACUAUCUUGAGGAUCCGCUUUUUGAAUCUGUACUACCUUGCACCACAUCACCAGACCAAUGAGCACAGUUUGAUAUUCAGUGGCAUGCUACUUUGCCGACUGACGCCACCCAUGUGCCUCAACUUCCUGGGUCUAAUUCAUAUGGAUACACAUAUUAUUCCCAAUCGUAUUAUGGAGACGGUCUAUACGCAGAUCAUGGGCCACAUGGACGUUAUCGGCAUAAUCUCGAAUGGCUUUAAUAUCUACUUCCCCAUGUGCAUGCUUGCUUUCUGCCUGGCCACCUGGUUUAGCCUGGGCAGCCGGGCCCUGAGUGCCCUUGGCUUCCAGCAGUUCCUGCAAAACGAAACAAUUGCCACAGAACUAGUGCAGGAAGGAAAGGAUCUGAUAGCUCGUGAAAAGCGAAGGCGUCAGCGUGCCGAGGAGGCAAUGGCCAGGAGGCGCGACUUCAACCGAACUGACCAGGUUCUGGGCAGCGAUUACUUAAGCAAAUACCGGAGUGGAGGGCCCGGUGGGUUGGCCAGCAGUCGCACGCCUGCGGACGGGCUGCUCCGCGACGGCGAUGGAAGCUUUGACUAUGCGGCUGUAGCCUCCUCCUCGGCAUUGGGUGUACCAAGAUCCUUGUCGGAGGAGAUCAACGACCGGUUUGGGGUGAGCACUCAGGUGCAAGUAGGAUUCAGAGACCCGGACUAUGAAGCGGAGCAAGAUGGGCGCAUUGUGGGCCCCCCACCACGAGGUCUGUUCGACGAUGUUUAAGCUCGAAAUAUGGAUAUGUCUUUAUUUCGAUUCAUAAUCGAGUAUCUCAAUGUCCACAAUGUUCCAUAGUAUAUUUAUAUCUCGUUCGCUUAAGUAUUUUCCGCUGCCACUGCUGCUGCUGUUCCUUCACACUUAUGUACACCAUUCGAUUGAAUAAACGACUAGAAAGGA